AUGUUUAAUGAUGCAGCAUCUAUCUAUAUAACAAUAAUAUUUAUAAUAUUAAAUAUUUAUAACCUGUUUCAGAGGUCUGAAAUAGUUUCAUGGAAUGAAUUUGUUUACCAAUUUUUGGCAAAAGGAAAAGUUGAGGAAGUCAUUGUUGCACCAGAAGUUGACAUAGUGAUAUUUAAAGUUUAUGAUAAUGCUGUGAUUGAAGGCGAAAAAAGUAUAUAUUCAGUAUAUCGCAUGUUUGUUCCAAAUGUAAUAAAAAUAGAAGAAAAAAUUCGAGAAGCAGAAAGAAAUUUAGGAAUAAAAUCUGAGUUAGGAGUGCCAAUUAAAUAUGAAAGGUCAUAUUUUUCUAAUAUUUUAAUUAUUAUACUAAUUAUAUUAGCUGCUUUAUUUUGGCGCUUUUCUAACCGUUUACCACAAAUACGUGAAUUUACUCCUAAAUUCUAUAGUCACAUGACACAAGCAAAAUUUACUUUAGUCGAUCCUCUGACUGGAAAAGGCAAAGGUGUUCACUUUUCAGAUGUAGCUGGAUUACGAGAAGCUAAAAUUGAAGUUAUGGAAUUUGUAGAUUAUCUUAAAGCAUCUGAUAAUUAUAAAAUUCUUGGAGCUAAAAUUCCGAAAGGAAUUCUAUUACUUGGUCCACCAGGAUGUGGAAAAACUCUACUUGCUAAAGCUGUUGCCACUGAAGCGAAUGUUCCAUUUUUAUCAAUGAAUGGUUCUGAGUUUAAUGAAAUAGUUAGAGGACUAGGUGCAGCUCGAAUACGUAAUUUAUUUAACGAAGCGAAAAAGCGCGCACCUAGUAUAAUAUAUAUAGAUGAAAUAGAUGCUAUUGGUAAAAAACGUUCAGAAACAUUUGGCAGUAAAUUAACUCCAGAACAUGAACAAACAUUAAAUCAACUUUUAACUGAAAUGGAUGGUAUGGCAAGCAGACAGGAUGUCAUUGUUUUAGCUUCAACAAAUAGAAGUGAAGUUUUAGAUAGAGCUCUUUUACGAGCGGGUAGAUUUGAUCGACAUGUUCUUAUUGAUCUUCCAAAUCUGGUGGAAAGACAAGAAAUUUUUGAACUACAUCUUAAACAAAUUAAUCUAGAUCAGGAUAUCUCAGUUUAUUCACAUAGAUUAGCUACUAUGACACCAAAAUGUAGUGGAGCCGAUAUUGCAAAUGUAUGCAAUGAAGCGGCAUUGCACGCAGCUCGAACUUCGAAGCAAAAAGUAGAGAGCGAAGAUCUAUGGUGGGCUGUAGAACGAAUAUUAAAUGGAUGCGAAAAGAUUAAUAAGACCAUAUUAAAAACGGAGAGACGUAUUAUUGCUUAUCACGAAGCUGGACACGCAAUUGCUGGAUGGAUGCUCGGGAAUAUGGAAAAUAUUUACAAGGUUUCGAUUAUUGAGCGAACAAAUAAUACAUUUGGCUUUGGCAUAAGAACUGCAGAACAAACUCUGUAUUCAAAAGAAUAUUUAGAGGAUUUAAUGUGUACAUGUUUGGCUGGCAGAGUUGCAGAGACUCUAACUUUUAAUGUCACUACUACAAAUGGACAAAAUGACUUGGAAAGGGUAAAGAAAAUUGCAUAUAAUAUAGUCAGUAAAUUUGGAAUGAAUAAAUCUGUUGGACUGAUAGCAUUUACUGAAGAACAACUAAGUGAUACUAAUCGUAAAAUAUAUAGCAAAAUGUUGGGUAAUUUAAUGGAUGCAGAAGUAAGAAACAUGAUUGCUAAGGUGUAUAAAAGAUGCGAAAAGCUGUUACUUGAAAAUAAAGAUAAAUUGAAGUUGCUUGCUGAAACACUCUUGGAGAAAGAAACUCUUACUUAUGAACAAGUGGAAAAAAUCAUUGGGCCAAGGAACAUUAAGUCGAAAAUGAGCUCUACACAACCACUGCCAGUAGUAGUUCCAAAGAAAUUGAUUAAAUGA